AUCUAGAGGGCAGAAUUUGGAAGAACUGAGAAGAAAACACUUUUCAUCCUGUCACUCAGGUACCUAAGCAGAAGUGUCAGGAGUACAGACAGACAGACAGACUCAGCAUAACAGCAAUAAUGGCCUCAUUAGUACUGGGGAUGAUCAAGGAGGAGGUGACCUGUCCUAUCUGCCUGGAGCUUCUGAAAGAACCUGUGAGUGCCGAUUGUGACCACAGCUUCUGCCGAGCCUGCAUCACUCUGAACUAUGAGUCCAGCAAAGGCAAAGAAGGUGAAGGUACCUGCCCUGUGUGCCGAGUUACUUAUAUGUUUGAGAAUCUGAGGCCUAAUCAGCAUGUGACCAACAUAGUGGAGAGGCUCAAGGAGUUCAAGUCUAGCCCAGAGGAGGAACAGAAGGUCAAUGUCUGUGCACAACAUGGAGAGAAACUCCAGCUCUUCUGUGAGAAGGACAUGGUGGCCAUCUGCUGGCUUUGUGAGAGAUCUCAGGAGCACCGUGGUCAUCAAACAGCUCUCAUUGAAGAGGUGGCCAAUAAGUACAAGGGGAUGCUCCAGGCUGCCCUGAAGAUGCAGAUGGCUAAUGAGGAAAGAUGUGACCAGUGGGAAGACGACCUUCAAAAGGAGAAAGUUUCCUGGGAGAACCAAAUACAGAGUGAGGUAGAAAACGUUGAGAAGGAGUUUAAAGGACUGUGGGAAUUCCUGAAAACUGAGGAGACUAAUGAGCUGCAGAAGCUGAUGAAAGAGAAGGAAGACAUUCUGGACAUCUUGGAAGAUUCUCAAAAUGAGCUGAAGAAGCAGAGGGAGUCAGUGAGAGACCUCAUCUCAGAUCUGGAGCAUAGCUUGCAGUGCUCAACCAUGGAGAUGCUGCAGGGUGUGAUUUGUGUUUUAACAAGGAGUCAGUACUUAAGACUGAAACAGCCUAAAAUGGUCCCGAGAAGAAAGAGAAAGAUCUUCAGAGCUCCGGAUCUGAAGGGCACGCUGCAAGUGUUUCAAGGGUUCCGGGAUGUCCAGUGCCACUGGGUACACGUGACCCUGCAACAACCCAAAAAUAAAAACAUUGUCAUUAACGUGGACAAAAGACAAAUACAACAUGGAAGUGGUCAUAGAAGAACUUUGCAAGUUUCUGAGUCCUAUGAUUUAGGUGUCCUAGGGUAUCCAGCCAUCCACUCAGGAAAACAUUACUGGGAAGUAGACGUGUCUAGAUGUGAUGCCUGGCUCCUGGGAAUAAAUGAUGGAAGAUGUGCUCGACCCCAGCUUCCUUCAAUGAAUCAACAGGGCUUCAAAGCCAAAUAUAAUUCUGAUGUUAACCAACAUCCAAAUUUUAAGAAAAAAUAUGCUCUUGACUUUGGAUCCAAAUUAUAUAACCAGGAUGAUUAUCGCUCUGAGUAUGAAGCUAUAGAUCAUUCUGAUAAUAAACAGCAUGUAAAUUAUCAGCCCAAAUAUGGCUACUGGGUUAUAGGGAUGAUGGACGGGUCUGUAUAUAAUGCCUUUGAAGAGUGUUCUGUCACCCACAAUGUCAGUGUCUUGCUCCUCUCUCUGACUUGUUCUCCAACUCGUGUUGGAGUUUUCCUGGACCGAGAAGCUUGCACUCUCUCAUUUUAUGAUGUUUCCAACCAUGGAGCUCUCAUCUAUAGAUUUUCUAAACCUUCCUUCCCUAAUGUGGUUUAUCCAUAUUUUAAUCCUAUGGGAUGUUCAGAGCCAUUGACAGUCUGUGGGCCCCCCUCCUAAGCCCUCACCCAUGUCUGCACAUUGUCCCCAUGUCUGAUGAAUCUCAUAUGUUGAAGCUCUGUGGGAUCAUUUUAACUUUUUUUUCUGUCUUUGCUUGCAGGGAACCAUCA